AUGCCAUUUAGGCUCAAGAAUGCUGGGGCAACAUAUCAGCGUGCUAUGGUUACUUUGUUUCACGACUUGAUGCACAAAGAAGUUGAAGUUUAUGUGGAUGAUAUGAUUAUUAAAUCAAGAGGGGCAGAAAGCCAUGUGGCAAUGGUGCGAAAAGUGUUUGAAAGAUUGAGGAAAUACAGACUGAAACUGAAUCCUAUAAAAUGUGUCUUUGGGGCGAAAUUGGGAAAAUUGUUAGGAUUUAUUGUCAGUGAGAAGGGAAUUGAAAUUGACCCUGAUAAGGUCAAAGCUAUCCAGGAGAUGCCAGCACCACAGACUAAAAAGGAAGUUCGAAGCUUUCUAGGGAAACUGAAGUAUAUUUCUCGAUUCAUUUCUAAUCUCACAGCCAGAGCUGAACCAAUUUUUAAGUUAUUGAGAAAAAAUAACUCUGCUACUUGGAACGAUGAUUGCCAAGAGGCAUUUGAGAAUAUUAAGAAUUACUUAUCAAAUCCACCCAUUCUAGUCCCACCUAUUCUAGGCAGACCAUUAAUCUUGUACAUGGCAGUUCUUCAGGUCUCAAUGGGAUGUGUUUUGGGGCAACAUGAUGAUUCUGGCAAGAAAGAAAGGGCCAUUUACUAUAUGAGCAAAAAGUUCAAUGAUUGUGAAGCUCGGUAUUCAUUUGUUGAGAGAACUUGUUGUGCACUAGCCUGGACUGCUAAUCGACUCAAGCAUUAUAUGUUAAAUUACAAGACCUGGCUCAUUUCCAGAAUGGAUCCAAUCAAGUAUGUGUUUGAAAGUCCAUAUCUACCAGGGAGAAUAGCCAAAUGGCAAGUCAUACUGUCUCAAUAUGAUAUCGUCUAUAUCACCAGAAAGGCACUAAAGGGAAGUAUUAUAGCAGAUCUCUUGGCAGAAAAUCCAAUUGAGGAAUAUGAAGCUUUAGAUUUUGAAUUCUCGGAUGAGUAUGUAAAUAUAGUGGAGGAAGAAAUGAGAGAGCAGAGUGAUGUUUGGCAAAUGUAUUUUGAUGGAGCAGUCAAUUUAUCAGGUAGUGGAAUCGGAUCAGUCUUGGUAUCUCCAGAUGGAAAACAUUUCCCAAUUGUAGUAAAGUUAGAAUUUGAAUGUACAAACAAUGUCGCUGAAUAUGAAGCUUGUGUGAAUGGUUUACAAGCAGACAUUGAAAUGAAAAUCAAGAAGUUAGAAGUAUAUAGCGACUCAGCUUUAAUAAUUUAUCAAGUGAAAGGGGAAUCGCAGACUCGAGAUUCGAAAUUGAUUCCAUACCAGAAAUAUCUCAUUGAAUUAAUUAAGAAAUUUGAUGAGAUUUCAUUUACUCAUUUAAGUCGUGACAAGAAUCAGCUCGCCGAUGCUCUAGCAACACUAGCUGUCAUGGCACAAAUUGAGGAAGGUAAAGGAGUACAGAUUCUUCUUAUAAAGGCCAGAGAUAACCCUGCUUAUUACUUGAUGAUCGAAGAAGAAAUGGAUGGGAAGCCUUGGUAUUAUGAUAUUCAACAAUAUAUCAAGACAAGGGAAUACCCACAAGAAGCAAGCAAAAAUGACAAGAGAAUGAUCAGAAGAAUAUCUUUAGGAUAUUUCCCUAGCGGGGAAAUCCUGUACACAAGGAAUUUUGAUGGGGAAUUGUUACGCUGUGUUCAUGCAAAAGAAGCUAAAAAGAUUCUGCUUGAAAUGUAUGAGGGGAAUUGUGCAACACACGCUAAUGGACACAUGAUGGCUAGACAGAUUCUCCGUCGAGGUUAUUUUUUGCUUACUUUGGAAAAGGAUUGUAUUGAGUAUUUUCGAAGAUGUCACAAGUGCCAAAUUUAUGCUAAUAGAAUAAAUGCUCCUCCUCAUCAGCUCUUCAAUUUAGUAGCCCCAUGGCCCUUUGCGAUGUGGGGCAUGGAUGUUAUUGGUCUAAUCACUCUAAAAGCAUCAAAUGGGCAUCAAUAUGGUCUUCCUGACAAGCUUAUAACUGAUAAUGCAAAAAACUUGAAUGGCUCAAAAGUCAAAGAGUUGUGUGAUCAGUAUAAAAUUCAUCAUCUUAAUUCAUCACCAUACCGGCCACAGAUGAAUGGGGCAGUAGAAGCCGCGAAUAAAAAUCUUAAAAAGAUAAUUGAGAAAAUGACAAUCACAUAUAGGGAUUGGCACGAAGUGCUCCCAUUUGCUCUACAUGCAUACCGGACUGCGGUGAGAACUUCUACUGGGGCAACUCCAUACUCACUAGUAUAUGGAAUGGAAGCAGUCUCGCCAAUAGAGGUAGAGAUACCUUCAUUGAGGAUUUUAGCAGAAGCAGAAUUAGAUGACAUGGAGUGGGUUCAAACACGGUUGGAUCAACUCAACUUGAUUGAUGAAAAACGGUUGGCUACUGUAUGUCAUGGUCAAUUGUACCAAAGUCGAAUGGCUCGAGCAUUUGAUAAGAAAUUAUGUGCUCGAGAGUUUCAACCCGGAGACAUUAUUUUGAAGAAAGUUUUGUUGAAUCAAAGUGAUCUAAGAGGAAAAUAG